CCGCCCACACAUAACCCUGACUUCCCAUAAUUCACUGCGCUCAAGUCUUUCGAGAGGACGUUACGAUAAGGGCACAGCGAGAGCAGAACCAUUAUAACUGACUGAAGAUGGCUGAUGUUAUUGAGGAGAAGAUCAAGAACUACAGAACGGCUCCAUUUGAUGCCCGUUUCCCAAACACCAACCAGACAAGGAACUGUUACCAGAAUUAUCUAGACUUCCACAGGUGUAAUAAGGCUUUGUCAAGCAAAGGGCAGGAUACCUCUCCCUGUGAAUGGUAUCAGAGAGUCUACAAGAGCCUGUGCCCAAUUAGCUGGGUGGGGAAAUGGGAUUCACAGAUCGAGGAUGGAAGCUUCCCUGGAAAAAUCUAAAUGGUCGCUGUUACUUUCAAUUUUAUGAACUCCCAACUAUUUGUAGAGUACCUCAUAAUAUAUUACUCCGUUUUGAUGUCUUGAGUAUCGGUUUGCCCUGCUGAAGCAUGAAAGGUCAUUCAGAUUAAAAUGUUAUGACCUUUUUACCUUCAGCAGUUUGAGGUCCUACAUUAGCAUUAAGCUUUGUCACUCUACAUAUUGCUUAUGCAAUUUACAAAAUAAAAAAGCGCACAAUUUCAA